AUGCCCCCCCGCAGAUCAAGACGCAGCCAUCCCCGAACAACGCCAGCUGGGGCGCCUGACGCCGGCCCUAGUGACGCCGCGCCUAUCGCCUCGCCUGCAGCCCCUCCCAACCCGCUUCUGAACCUUCUGCAGUCAUUGGCCCCCUCUCCCGACACGCAUCCUGGUUCCAUUGAUCCUUCUGAUGCCAGCUUGGCCGCCGAUGCCGACAUUGUCAACAUCGCCGACAGUGGCACCACCACCGAGGCUUGGAAUAUGCUUCCCACCUCCGAGCUUGGUCACGCUGCCAAUUGCGACAAGCCAUACCCUCUCACUCUUGUACCGUUCGACAUCGCUCAUCCUCCUCAGAAUGAGACAUCCCUGGUGAUAUUACCCUACGACGAGAUUGUCGCUGAGGAUAAGCUGGGGCUGUUCUGGGUCGAAGAGUACAAAGCGGGCAAUAUUCAAAACGAACGUAGAUACGAAGGGUCAUUCGUUAUCAUCUAUCUAAGGAGCUUCUGCCUUGACGUCGACGGUCUUCGCGCUCGCAGAUAUCGCCAAGGCAACCGACCUUAUGUGCUAUAUCCAACGGUCUUCGUAACCUCGGUGCGGCUGGACGAGGGAUACUAUAUCGAGACAGGUGAAUACAAGGCUCUGCCGGCGGUGAGGAGUGUGAUUCAGAAUGCCUUGAGGAAGAAAAAGGCGAAAGCAGCGAAAAACGCAAAAAAAGACAACAAAGCGCUGCCUGCCACCUCCCAACUCACGUCGAAUACGAUUGGCGGGCUCAUGCCAGACGUUGGACUGGAGGGACUCUACUUCGAACAGUCUCCAGAAGGAGGGUCUUUGGGGAGCUCUGCUCACCAACUUGUCAAGAAGAAGAUCCUCUAUUUUGUCGCCGAAAUCAAGUGGGGGAAAUUGGCUAGGCGCGACCUCGAAAAUUGGCGAGAACUGGACCAAGCCAUCCUCCGAUAUGCUUGCCUAGAGGCCCUCUUCCAGGCGGUAUACUACCUCCAUAUGGCGUUUACAGUGUCCAGGACGCGCAUUGCUAUCGCUUUGGCGAACGAGUUCUACACUCGCUUGGUGAACGUGACGGGAGAAGAAGGAGGUCCGCAGAGGAUCCUAGUCGAAGCUCCGCCAGACGUUGUAUCGGCAUCGAGAGAGCUGGAAUCCUACGCAGACGGCAUGAGCCCCGACGAUAUUCUCAAGUUGGCCGAGGAUGACCAUUGGGCAGCGCCCAACUCUCUGAUCAAAGAUCACGACAAUUGGCGCUACGAUGAAGCGGCUAAAUAUCGCUUAGACGCAACCAUCCUCAUGACACUCGCCAUCGCCACCAGGGAUCCCAAGACUCUGGAAGACCCACUUCCACUCAGCCGCUCGACCGAGGCUUUUAGGUCUAAUGCCAUGGACGCCAACGUGGUGGAAAGCAGAGCCUAUGAUUGGUUGGAAAAGAGAAACCUCAUGAAAAGUCGGCGCUAUGCGAAACAGGCAGCUGGGCAGAAGGAGAAGCCGGAGGUGGGCAACGAGGACCAGGGCGGCCCCAGUGAUGAAGGCGGCGACGAUGAUGAGGCAAGAGGGGGGGAGGAUGGUGAUGAUCAGGAUAAGGGUGAUGAUCGUGGUGGCGGUGGCGGUGGCCUUGGUGGCGACGGAAGCUCGAGGAAUAACCAAGGGCGCGACAACUCCCGUCGCCGUGACAAGGACCCCGACCCAGAAGGCGGCCUCAGGAGGUCCAAGCGUCACAAACAGUCGCAUGAGGGUGGCAAAGACAACAAUUCGUUGGCACCUACCGAGAAGAGUCACCUCCCAACCCCGGUACCAUCAAAUACGACAAAUUCCCCCGCUCCCAACUCCGCCGCAUCUACUUCCGGCAGUGACAAGAGAGGGACGAUAGACUUGUCCGACCUUGGUGUUUCCUCCAAAGAGGACGACGAACUCGAGAUGGACAAGAUGAUUGUUCGAGUAGUGCUGGUCACUCCUGAAGAGAUGGACGGCAUUGUUGCACAGGCGGCAAAGCAGGGAUGGGCCGCGGUCCUGAGGAUUGGAGAUAGGCGGUGUCAAGCAGAUUGA